UAUGAUCAAAUUUUAUAAAUUUAUAAAUUUUUUUUAGAUCGAUUUUAAAUGGUAGACCAACUAGGAAGAUAAACCUAGUGAUAUGACGAAUUUAAUCGGUAGAUGUAUACGCGCAUGACAGAAAAAUACAUAUCAUGUAAACACCAAACCACAAUAAUACUCGGACAACCUUGAAGUAGACAGUCAUAGACAGUAACGAACUUUCAAGCGUGUAAGUACUCGUAACAGUAAUUCUAUCCCCGCAAUUCGUGCGAAAGUGCUACGUGAUGAACAGCCUAGAAAUUAAAAAUUGCGCGACAUUAAUAGAGUGUAAUUAGAUACUUAGUUUAUCGCGAAGCGAUAUCUUGUAUAAAUAUAGAGUGAUUAUCUGAACAUAAAUAUUUCAUGACGAGGCGCAGGCAAUACAAGCGUUCGCGACAAAAGAAAGGAAAGUUUCACAAGACUAGGGAGCAUCUUCGAAAGAAUGUCCAGUCAGGACUCCUUAAUUCGAGAAAUGAGGAUGAAGAGACGAACGGCGAAUCGCGUCUAUAUCAACGGUCUCCGGAGUCCGUGCUGUGUGAGUCGCAGCACAUGGACCCACUCGACGACGACAAGCUUAGCCCGGGGAUCAUUCCCAAACGAUCGAAGAGACGCAGGAGCAACUCGGGAAUCGACGAUGAGACCGCCGCGCAAAUGAUUGAACAAUCUAGCCCGAUCUCGUCCAAGGAUCGUGAGCCCAGUCUUCCGAGGUACGAUUUUAAGGAUGACACCGCCGUCAAGUAUGUAAACGAUUUUGUCGAUCUAGAAGAUUCUGGAGAACACGAGCGGAACGCCGUCAAAUCGAUCGUCGAUGUCCCGUGCGAUCUUUUAACGGAGAGUUAUUCGUUCAGUACAUCGUCCUUGAGCAACGAGCCAAACAACAACGGAACGCGCAAUGAAAGAUCCUCGCUGAAUACCAUUUCCGCGGCGGCCUGUCGAAAUAUUUCGAGAUUAACAACGUCCCGACCUAAUUUAGGGCCCCCCCAGUCCUGCGACGCAGGUGUAUGCACCUUCGCGAAUUCCGACGCAAAACGAUCCCCCGGAGUAGCCGGCUCCGGGAGUGAACGGAAUGACCAUUAUAUACUUGAAACGAUGAACGAUUGUUACCUGUUGGAUAAGACGCUGUCGAUAAACGACAAUCUUAUGCGCGAGUCGAACGGUUACCUGGAUGGGCAACCAUCGACCGGCAACAAAUUAGGGGGAAAUCGUACCCCAAAGUUGUCACAUUUCACGAUCUUACGUGAAACCGGUGAGCAAAGCGAGCUCGCCGAGUUGUCGGCCCGCAGAUCCGUCGCUAGAUCGGUCGACGGAUCGCGAGACAAGCUGAACAAGAAGAAGAGGAAAACGAGGAGGAGCAACAGUAAAGGCUUCGAGAAGAUCGGCGCGCUCGAGAGGAUCGGCGAUCGUUUGACGGAGAAUUGGCGCGAGUUCCGGAAGAUCUUCGCACAUCUGCGACGAGCGAGCAGGAGAAUCCGCGGAGCGGACGCGAUUGAACGCGAAGAAGUCUUAUUGCAUAGAUACAGGAGACUACCCUACACCAUCUCUGUCUCGACCUUGUCCCUGCCCACGUCCGCGCCGAACACACCUUCUUUCUUCCCGAAGAGGCUAGAUCACGAUGAGACCCGUGAGUCCGGCGGAACGUCGAAGCGAGAAGCCGAAAAAGUCGGAAUUUCGUCGGAAUCCACAACGCCUCACGCUGGCCUGGUGAAACGCUGCUGCCGAACGACCUUGAUGUUCGGAAAUGAGAACGAGGGAGAGGCGGCUAGGCACCGACAACCGGCAACUCGCGCCGAUAUCGCGGAUUCGCAUCUGGAGAAAAAAAAGGAAGAGUGUUCAUUUCCGCCGGAACCAUCGUCUCUUAACGAUGAAGCGCAUCAGAAGAGCCGUGUCCCGGAAUCAACGAUCGCCUCCGACAUCGAAUUAUCCGAGCGCGAUGGUCGCUGCAGCCUCUUCCCGCAAAAAAUAGAAUAUCAUUGGGAUGACACUCGUAAGCACCAGGCGCCCCAAAAUGUCACAUCACUUCGAGACUCUCGCAGCCACGUAUCUCAACGAAGAAGCAUUUCCCGUACGAUAGCCACGUGGGUGAUUACUAUCUGCAUUUGGCUGAUAAAGAAAUUGCUGCAUCUCCUAAACGUCAGUUACAGGAAACUGCGACAGAAAUUGAUGCCGUCUUCGUCGGAUUCUUGGACGAAAAAAUUUGAUCGUCUAGUGGAGGCAAUACAAUCCGAAAACGAAAUGUUAUAUGUAAUGUCGGAGAAAAUGACACAACUUUCGGAAGAUUUCGUCCAAAUACGAACGAACACCGAAGCCACUCUUAACGUCCUGACAGUAGAGAUGAAUGCCUUUCGUGAAACUAGUGAAAAAAUGAAAGAAGAUAAUAUGGUAUUGCUACAGGAGUUGAAGAAAUUGCAAAAAACACUGAAGGAAAUUCGAAUGAAAUCUUUGCAACCGGCCUCAUGCUCUUCAUCCUCGCUUUGUUCAUCUCCACCUCCACCUCCACCUCCACCUCUACCACCAUUUCUACCUAUACCUACACCUCCUCCUCCUCCACUAUCCUCUUUGACAUUUUCUCCACCACCACCACCUCCGCCACCGCCACCACCUCCACUACCAUCAUUACCACCGCUAACUCUUUCAUUUCCUCCAAAAGUGCACAUCUCCAAAUCAGCAUCAAUACCAAAUCCGUCUUCUGCGCUCCUCUCUUCAGUUUCAUUGCAGUCCUCAAAAUCAUCGUUGCAACCGACGACUCCCGACAGUAGCAGAAGUAACAAGAAUAGAACACCCACAAGAAAGUGUUCCACACCAUUGUUCAACAGGCCUAUGAUUACCGUCGAUGAUUUACUAAAAGUCACUUUGAGAAAGGCUCCACAAAAUAUCAAAGAAAAUAAACGAAAUGCACAAGGUCCAAAAGGUCCACUGGUGUCCUUGGAAAUGUUACGCAACGUAAAGCUCAAAUCCGCGAAACGUAGACGUGACGACCAAACUGGAAGAUCGCCUAGAAUCGGCCGGGUCAUUAAAAGCCGAACUACGUCGAAUAUCACUCUUUCGCCGAUCUUAACCGGAUCGGAGAGGAAUCUGGAGCAAAUCUUGCGACAAGUAGACCUGAAGACAAGCAGACCGAGGAGACUCUUGUCCAGCUCAAGCAGCUUCCGCGAACGCGAUUUUAUAAGGGAGAUACAGUCGUUGGAAACGCUAAGUCAAUCGCAAUCCGCGCUUGAAUGACCGCUGUAUCAAGUAUAGAUCGUGACAUCAGAGGCGACAAAUUUAAAUAAAAAAUUGUACUAUACAGUGAAAAUUUUACUUGCUUGGCGUAAUCAUAAUUCGUGUUAGAUAUAUUGCAUCAAAUUUAUAAUGCAUGAAAUUUUAUAAGCAUUUAUAAAGAUAAUUAAAAAAUGGCUUUAAAUUAUAUUAUUAGAUAUGAAAUAGCGCGAGAAAAUUAAUUGUUAGGAUAUGUAUGCAAGGAAAAAAUUGAUUUCUUCUGAUGUCAUAAUCUAAUAUAAUUGCAAUGAGAGGCCAAAAGUCUAAAAUUUAAAUUAUAUUAACAUCGACGUAUAUGACAUAUUGUCAUAUAAAAUUAAAAUAUUCAUAUUUAAUAUUAAAUUAAUAUUUAACUCGAAAGCUCAAAACUCUUCGCUGCGUAAUUUUUCUACAAUUGGCUGGCCGAAGAUUUAAAAAAAUCGAUUGCUUUAAUGAAACUUUGACUAAGGCAUAGAUUCGUAAUUACUUUAUUUGUAGCUUUCAUGUGUGUGGUUUUACAGAAAAAAAGAUUGUAUCCGGUGUAUUCGCAUCGACUGUAACACAGAGCAUAAGAACGCAUGCGGAUUCAAGAAUGUAAAAUCAAUUCCUCCGAACGAUGAUGAAAAAAGCAUUGCUUCGCACUAUUAUUUAUUCAUAGUGAUUUAAUUUUCGUUAAAACCAAUAAAAUCGACAACAGAUUCAAAGGUGGUUAUAAAUUUACAUAGUUUUUAAAAUGAUAUGGUCUCUGAUUUAUGUCCGUAUUUAUGAACGUAUAACCGGAUAUUGCCCGAUCAGGCUAAUGAUUCAUCGGCGUUCAGAGAUCAUCGCUACCACCAUUCGUUGCCACCUGACGCGCUUCUUCUCUUUGCUUUUAUGUAGCUAAAUUCCUUAAAACAUUUUGCCGCACAGAUACAUGCUAUGUACUUGAGAAAUAUAUUUAUAUAUUUAUAUAUAUGCGCGUGCGUUUUACAGCCUACGACGACAUCCGCUUCGCUCCGCAGUUCUUAAUUUAGAGCUCUGUUUACCUUGCACACAGUUUUCGCGCGAUUUAAUCUUCUCGAUUAUAAUCGACUCGAUCAUAUCAUAUACUCGAGUUGAUCCUACCCGAGUUACUCGGGAUGAUCCCUCGCGUCGAGAUUAUUUUUCGUUUUUUUUUCCUUCUCUUUAGCCUACUUAUUACGUUCUUACAAUUACAUUUUUUUCGCAAAUAUACUUACUUUACGAGAGCCGGUUGAUAUUAUUUUGAAUUAAUUUUUCAUAACGCGUGUAAUUUGUAACAUGAUUAUCAAUUUUAUCGUUACAAUACCUAAAUACAGGGGCACGAUGGACACCAAUUAUUUUCUGCUUUUUCGUUCUUCCUCGCGGAGAUUGCGAUCCGCGUUUCUCUCUCGCCGGAUUAUAUUUUUCUUGUUGUUGUUGUUGUUGUUGAACGCCUCGCUUCUCUGCUGCGUUUAAACUCGGCGUCUCCUCUCCGUCACGUUAUCAGCGAGAAAACUGAGUGAGCUUAAAUGGAUUUUGGUAGUUCUAGCUAUAUAAUAAGUAGAUAAGUUUAAUGCGUAAAAUGGUCAGUAACUAGCUAAGCUUACCUCAUCGAUCUGAAGAAAGGGUACUUUUCACUGUGUAAAUCUCUACAAUCCCGACUGACUCCUCAUUACAAGAACAAUGGAAUGUUUCAACGUAAAAAUCGAUGGAAUGGCUCGUCGAUGAACCGGCGAAUGGAUAAUUACAAAUACUGAUUCCGACUAUCGUCCAUCCGGAAGGGAAAGACGAAGAUAGAGAAAUAUGAAUAUAUUUAUAAUAUAUAUAUAGAGCGUAAAUUGCGUGUGUAAAUGUGCGGGUGGAAAAAGUCGGGGUACAGUCAUUUAUUCUGUUUCUUAUACCACAGCAAUCGAUAUUUAGUUUACACAACGGGCGUAUGAAAACGUACAACCACAUUACAGACUAGCUAGAUAGUUACUUUGUUUGCUGUGAGUAACGUAACGCGCUAAAAAGGCUCACCUACGAUAACGUAAUCUUUUUCAUUUUUCCCCCUUCUUUCUUUCUUUUUUUCACUUUUUUUUUUAUCACGACGCUGCUCAUCGAGCUGACGCGAUGGGACGCACUCGCCUCGGAAGAGAUGCGUAAAGGGACUGGAAAUCGAGAGAUCGCCAUUAGAGAAUUUCGAUGAUUUACGCUUUACCGCUUCUCGCUCACGUUACUGAGCACUCUCGCGAU